UGACUCCUCGUAGCUUGACAGAGAUUGACGCGUCUCUCUUCUGUUGAGUUGGCAGUCUCAUUAGUUUUACUGUGAAGAUGCUUCCCGCGGCUCUCUCACUGACGUCAGUCACAUUAUUAUUACUGUUUAACCUGGCAGAAAGUAAACAGAAAGACUUUUAUACUUUUAAAGUGGUCAACAGCAGAGGAAAGCUAGUUUCUUUGGAGAAGUAUCGCGGUUCGGUGUCUCUGGUGGUGAACGUUGCCAGCGAGUGCGGAUUCACCGAUGAGCACUACAGGGACAUGCAGGAGCUGCAGCGGGACUUUGGGCCGUAUCACUUCAAUGUUCUCGCCUUCCCCUGCAACCAGUUUGGCCAGCAGGAGCCCGGCAGCGACAAGGAGAUCGACAGCUUUGUGCGCAGAGUCUACGGCGUCUCCUUCCCUCUGUUCAGCAAAAUCGCAGUCGUUGGAACAGGAGCCAACAAUGUUUACAAACACCUGGUUGAGGUGUCAGGAAAAGAGCCUGACUGGAACUUCUGGAAGUACCUCAUCGACGUUGACGGUAAAGUGGUGGACGCUUGGGGGCCGAGGGUUUCUGUGAAAGAGAUUCGCCCGAAGAUCGCUGACAUGGUGCGGCAAAUAAUCCUGAAGAAGAAGGAGGAGCUUUAACUCGCCCUUUUCAGCCAUAAACUGAACCCUUACGUUACCUUUCCAUUCUGACAGUAAUUUCUCCAGACGGAAGCAGCUCCUGCUGCUUUCUGAGCGCACUGAUCAAACGCCACUCAAACGUCAGCAUUUAAAGAUGCAUUUUAAACCAAAGAGCUCUUUUUUUAAGCAAAGGUGUUUUUUAUAACUAUUUUUGACUUAUGGAAUAAACUUUUACUGUGACUCUCA